UCAGCGGAGGCAGGGCCAGGCGCGGCGAGGGUGGGCGGUGGAGUUGGGGGCAGUCGGCGGCGGCCGCUUGCUCCGGUGGAGUUUGCUCCGGACGCGGGGCGGGAGGUCUCGCUGAGAGAAGCGGAGCCCAGCCAAUCCCGGAGGGAAGCGCCUGCCCCCGGACAAGGGGCUGCCUGGAGCAGGCAGCGCCUCGGCGGGAGCCGCCUCCCGCCUCGCCUCGCCUCGCCUCGUCCCGCCGCGCCGCCCGGAGCCGAAGGCGCCCGGAGGGGAAAGUUGUGUGCGGGGCCGGGCCGGGCGCGAUGCCGGGGCGCGGAGCGCUCUGCCUGGGGCUGCUGCUGCACGUCCUGCUGGGCUGCGGGUCGGCACAGCAGCCCGACAGCUGCCCGGACUUCUGCAAGUGCUCGGAGCCGGCCAGGACGGUGAAGUGCGUGAACAGGAACCUGACGGCAGUGCCGCCCGACCUGCCGCCCUACGUGCGCAACCUCUUCCUCACCGGCAACCGCCUGGCCCGCCUGCCGCCCGGCGCCUUCCCCGCCCAGCGCCUGCCCGACCUGAGCGCCCUCAACCUCAGCGGCAACCACCUGCGGGCCGUGGAGGCCGGCGCCCUCGCCCUGCCCGCCCUGCGGCAGGUGGACCUCAGCGGCAACCCCCUGGUGUCCCUCAGCCCGCAGGCCUUUGGGGAGGGCGGCAGCCCGCUGGAGGAGCUGGCCCUCCGCGGGGCCCUGCGCGACCACGGCGUCCUCCUCAGCCUGGCCACCAUGCUGCAGUCCGGGGUCCUGCGCAACCUCAGCCGCCUGGAGCUGGCGGACAACGGGCUGCUACUGCUGCCCCCCGGCAUGUUCACGGCCCUGCCCGCCCUGCAGCAGCUGGACCUCAGCAACAACUCCCUGGUGGGCCUGCGAAACGUCUCCUUCCAGGGGCUGAGCCAGCUGCAGAGCCUCAACCUCAGCGACAACUCCCUGGGCGUGCUAAGGAACGGCACCCUGGCUCAGUUCCGUGGCCUGCCCGCACUCCGGCGCAUCAGCCUGGGCCGCAACGCCUGGGUCUGCGACUGCGCUAUCGAGGACCAGGUGGCCUGGCUCAAGGAGAGCGACCAGGUGGAGGGCAAAGAAGCCCUGACCUGUGCCUAUCCCGACAAGAUGCUGGGCAAAGCCCUGCUGAAGAUCAACAGCUUGGACCUGAACUGUUCCAUGCCCAUAGACCUGCCUUCCCAGCUACAGACUUCAUAUGUGUUCCUAGGGAUAGUCUUGGCUCUCAUCGGGGCCAUUUUCCUCCUGGUUUUGUACUUGAACCGAAAAGGAAUCAAAAAGUGGAUGCAUAACAUCAGGGAUGCCUGUAGGGAUCACAUGGAGGGCUACCACUACAGAUACGAGAUCAAUGCAGACCCCAGGUUAACAAACCUGAGCUCCAACUCGGAUGUCUGACAAAGCGCCGAGGACACAGGGCAGCGCACAGUAGCUAUGCAUGAAAAGUCGACUUAUGCUUUACCCUCAUGCUUGCUUCCCUCCCCACGGAGAAAUCUCAGACGUGCUUGUAACCUGAGGGGGACAUGCCUUCCUGUGCUGUCAAGUUCAUUUUUGUUCUGCGACGCUGGGCAGCUGUGCAUGGCGUUGGGCUGUAUGUAGGAAAGAAGCUGCUACUUCUUUUCCCCCUUUACCCGUCUGUGUUUGUGGGAAUUUUUUUUCAAGAUGUCAAAGAAAAAAGGAUUCUCUCUGAUGCUUCAAAGCCACCAGAGUUUAUUAAAAAAUUACUGAUGCAGACACCAUUCAACAAAAGCUGUCUCAACUUUUUGGGAAAAAAAAUAAUGUUAUGUUUCUCCGUGCCGGUUUUGAUCUUGUAUAUCCGAAUUGUGAUGAUGAUUAUUCCAUUUCAUAGGCUACCUUGAGAUAAAAACAAAACAAAACAAAGAAACUCCUUUUAACAACAACUCUGUUACAAAGAAAGAAAUUGAAUAGUGAGCAUGCACAAAUACUUUACAGUUUUACAUGUUAGGAAACUUAGUAAGUAAGUAAGAUCUCAGUAAGUCUCUUACUAUUUUGUAAAGUUAUUUUUGAUUGCAGUUUACGUGGAAAAAGAGGGUUUUUUAUACAAACUGCACCUAAACUCCAUCUGAACUAUUAAAUUCAAUAAACAGUCUUACAAGAACUGUUGUGUGGAAGUUUGCUGUUCAAUAAGAAAUGUAUGAACAUCUUAAGAAUGUGGAUAGCUUUAUAGUCUCUGAAUUAAUAGCCCUGCAGUAGUAAUCUGAAUAAAGUUUUACAUAAAUGUGUAGCUUAGAGACAUGUUUGACAGUUUUGUGAAAUAUGCUAGGAGAAUUAACACUGGUGGUCAAUGAGGAGAGCUGUUUCACUUAGCACAACCCCCAGUCUGCUCUCUCAAACCAACUACAAAACAUCGAGACAGAUGCUAGGGUCCACCUUACUGGGAAGGUACAAGCUGGUAGAAUUUUCAUAAUAUCUUCUCUACCAAAUAAAAAGAAAACCCAAACCAAAUUAAAUUCCAAAUAAAAUUAUACGGCUUGUAAGCUAAAGAAAAUUUUACCUGAAUGGAGUUGUUUAUUAUAAAGCCCCAUACUUUCAUGUCCUGAACUAAAUUAAAUGCAGCUAAGUCAUGUGGUUGGCAAGCUUUGGGCUUGUAAAUCAAUGCAGCACUUACCAAGUGCUUACUGAUUCAUUUUAAGCUCUUGGUACUCUUGAUGUCCUGUAGUGAUCUACAUCGAGUAUUUUGAUGGAACUUUACAUUUAUCUUAAAGCUUUUAACAGGUGCAUUUCAGUAUUGUAUGUUACUCGUGCUUAUUACUUGCUUGGGAAUGCAUUUCCUUGUAAAUAGAUAAAGCAUGCAAAGAAAAACUUCAAAAAUUCAUCAUUUAAUAUGCAACUCUGAUGGCAUAUGUAAAGGUUAGCAAGAACCUUCCAAUGGCCACCAGUAAUAAAUGCACUUUUUCUAAUCCAUUUAUAGAUUCUUAAUGAAAAAGAAAAUACACCAACUGUAAAAGUGUGAUGUGAGUCGGUAUCUAUCAGUAUAUCUGUGGAGCUUUUUCCAUGGUCACUGUUACUUGAAGCUCUUGAGCAUCUCUAAAAUUUUAUGAAUUACUGGUUGAUUUCCUUUGCUUUCGAAAGUGAUGGUUUUCUCAUAGAUACAUGCCUUUGGUAAGAGCUCAUAAAUAUAAAAUAGUCCUUAAAGUAUCAGAAGAAACGUAAUCUAUUUUGGGCAUCAGUAUUAUUCAAAUGCAUUUUGCUCUCCUUGCAACUUCAGACAAAGCAAGUAGCACAAGUUGGUUCAGGCUAAUUUUCUAUUGCUUCAAAUCGUCUUUCUUUAAUAGCAGGGUUUUUUUUUUUUAAAUAGUUUUGUACAUUUGCCCUCAAAAGUAAAAAAAAGAAGUACAAUUACUGUUUUUAUAAAUCAGUGUAUUCUACAGUUAAUGUAAGUUAAGUGCUAGCCUAUUUCUCCUGCUGUAAUUUAAAUGUACGAGCAAUAUCUGGUUAACAGCGUAUGAAUUAAGUUUGUGGAUUCUUAAAAAGCAGGCUGCUGGUCUGAAUGUUGGCUGCGUAUAUUUUAUGAAUAGUGUAAAACCCCCAGUGUGAAUAACUAUUACUGUGGAACUAUGCAAACUGUUCAUACUUUGUACGCAUAAGAUAGUGUAUGUAAGAAGCUAGAAUUUACAAUAGCUAUGCAGUGUGCUUUGUUGUAUCGGUUAUUUUGGAGAUUAUCAAUUUACACUUAUUCGUACAGUGCCAAGAGGAGUAGAGCACCAUCCUUGCUUAGGAUGCUCCUGUAAUAUAAUAGAUAAAAUAUGUACAAACCAAGCCAUUUCUUGGGCAAUUUCUUGGGUUUUGUUAACAGAUACUUUAAAGUAACUACAGUAAUAGCAGUUAUUUCGUGAUGUAUUAAUGUAAUGGCCAUGCAUUUAUAGAGCUGUGUAAGGAUAGGCAACGACUUUUAUUGCAGUCUCUCACCAAUGGACUGAGUAUUUGUAUAGUGAGCAACUGUAACUGUUGUACUUCACCUAUUAUUAUAAAGAUCAUUAUUAUUUUUGUAUCAUAGAAAGUCACUGUAAUAGAAUUUUAUUAGAGACCUGGUGAUGGCUACUUUAAAAUAAUUUUUGCCAUUUGCUUAUAUGUGUAUUUAUUAGGAUGUAACAGUUGGCAUGUGUCAGUAUUGUGUUGGAUAAUGUUCUCCUACAGUGUUUGACCAACAGUGAAUGCUUUGGUGUUUUGUACACUGCAUUAUUUGAUCUUAAAUCCCCUUUCAUAAACAGUGCUUGAAAUUUG